AUGUUACGAGCUAGGGGAUCGGAUAGAAACGCCGUUCGAAAAACGAGUCUCCGAAUGUCAGCUAUAAAAGAAUACCCCUUCGACCUCAGUGAUUUACAAAACCAACGACAAGAGAACUCGCCACCUCCACGAUAUAAUGAAAUACCUCCUGCAAAAAACAACUUAGCAACACCGGACGGCAAGAGAAAAGUCUCCAUAAUGGCCGAUGAACACAAAAGCGGACACACAGAAAGUAGGAAUGGCCGAGUUUCAGCACAAGCAGAGGGGCCAUCGCGGCGGAAAAGCAAUUUACACAAUGCCAUGGCAGCGGAAAUGGAUACAUCAUGGGAACGGCCGACACACAUCGAGGGUAGAUACAAGAAAUACUCCACUACAUCAUCUGUUCACUCGAAGAAAGCUCAUUCACACCACAGCGAACACGUUGAAAGGUCGUGGUGGUACGCUUGUUGUCAAAAGUGUCACAGUGACGACUCCGGCAUUCCGACGUGGGAGCCACCGCACUGGCAAAAAUUUUGCCCCUAUCCACUAUGUCCGUCAUAUCGGCACUUUGCUCAAAACCUAUCAGUAUUAAUUAUCGGUAUUUUAGUAUGGUUAAUAGUAUGGAUGGUAUUAGGAGACACUGCGGCGCCAGGCGGGCAACUUUUCAUGUUGGCAAGUCUAACCAUAGCUGCCAAUAUCGGUGGCUGGCUGAUGGUAAAACUGACAACCUUACCAGCUCUAAUUGGAAUGUUGUUUACCGGAGUGUUGUUAAAGAAUAUUGGCUUCGUUAAUUUCAAUUCAGAAUAUUUACACGUGUGCUCGUAUAUAAGAAAAAUAGCUUUAACGAUAAUCUUAACCAGAGCUGGCUUAGAUUUGGACCCAAUGGCCAUGAAGAAAUGUUUCUUUUCCGUAAUAAAAUUGGCAGUAGUACCAUGGACAUUUGAAUUUGUUUUGUGCGCUGUUAUGUCGAACCUUCUGCUUGGAUUGCCUUGGGACUGGGCAUUCCUUCUCGGUUCAGUGGUUGCUGCUGUAUCACCAGCGGUGGUCGUCCCGUGUUUAUUCCGCCUAAGAAGUAAGGGUUACGGGGUGUCCAAAGGUAUACCCACCCUUGUCCUCGCCGUGUCCGGAGUUGACGAUGCCAUCAGUGUUGCUAUAUUUGGUAUUCUGGCGUCUAUAAUGUUCUCAAGCUCCUCGGUCACAAUGAAUAUUAUACAGGGUCCGCUUAGCGUAAUCAUUGGAAUCGCCUUUGGGGUGCUCUGUGGUUACCUGAUCAAAUACAUUCCGGAACGGAACGAUGCGUUUUUGGUACCUUUGCGAGUGCUGUUAUUGCUCACUGGAGGCCUCGCUUCUAUAUUUGGCUCGGAAGAAAUUGGUUGGGGUGGUGCUGGUCCCAUGGCGGUAAUAGCAUUUUCAUACGUCGCUUGUAAGAAUUGGGUGGAACAAGGAUGGGAGUUAGACGAUAACCCAGUGGCAACAGCGAACGAGAUUUUCUGGAUGUUCUUUGAACCAAUGUUGUUCUCUAUAACUGGGUCACAAGUUGUGAUCGCUGAUUUGCCCCCAAACUUAGUAUUAGUUAGCGUGGGUAUUCUUAUGACAUGUGUCAUUCUACGAGCCAUGGUAACAAGUGCUAGUGCGGUUUGCAGUAAUUUAAAUAUGAAGGAAAAAAUCUUCGUCGGAUUUUCAUGGAUGGCGAAAGCUACUGUACAGGCCGCCCUGGCAACUGUUCCUUUGGACUACAUCCGAAAGCUAGCAGGGAACAAUGAGCCCUCUAGCGAAUUGGUUUACUACGCUGACACGAUUAUCACUAUCUGCAUUCUCUCUAUUAUACUCACUGCGCCUCUUGGAGCCAUCAUCAUCACGAUAACGGGACCUCGUUUAUUAUCUAAGACGUCGAAACCGCCAGUUUUGGAAGGUUGGCGUCGCUCACACAGGCCUUCGAUUCGUGACAUUUCCAUCAUCGAUGAAGAGGAGAUCGCAGAACGUGAUGCUGAAGUCAGUGGGGAACUACACCAUUCACCACCAAGCACUCCUGACCCCACAACGAAAAUUCCCACAGCGUUCAGCACACCCAAUCCCAUCACAGUUCAACCGAACCAUCGCACUUGA